CAAAAACGUCCUGCCAAGAUUAACGAAAGGCCCAAAGGCUCAAACGCCCAAAAUUAGCAAACCGCCCAGACUUGAGGAAGCUGAUCAGGCAUCUCGGGAUCGACUCAUCGACACCCAGGCAUCUGUCAUCCUCGACCGGUCGAAGUGUCGAACUCCCUGCCAAUUCGCUGACUCCUCUCGCGGCUUCGCCUUCCGACAUACAUCAGCACGCAGCAAGGAAGCACCGCCACGCCACCAGGCGCCAGCACCGCACCACGCCUCGUUAGUCGUAGCCUGCGGCACUCCGCCGCUCACCCUUCAGUGGUUCAGCUCAUCGGCCCUUCUCAAUUGUCACCUUCCCACCUUCCGUAGUUCCGAUGUUCCAUUAUUCCGGCUGAGGUAAAACCAAAGAAUCUCAAACCACGUCUACCAUCGUUUCGUGAUUUUGGUUUAUCCCCUUCAUCUUCGUCGUCUUAUUGUGAUUUUCUUGAACAAUGGCGAAUGGAUCUCAAAUCCGCCCCAACAGCUCAGCACUUAUUGCAAUGAUUGCUGAUGAGGAUACCAUUACUGGAUUUUUACUGGCUGGAGUAGGCAAUGUGGACCUGAGAAGGAAAACAAACUAUCUUAUUGUCGAUUCAAAAACUACGGCGAAACAGAUUGAAGAAGCUUUCAAAGAGUUCACUACAAGAGAGGACAUUGCUAUAUUGUUAAUUAGCCAAUAUGUUGCCAACAUGAUAAGGUUUUUGGUGGAUGGGUAUAACAAGCCAAUUCCAGCCAUAUUGGAGAUUCCUUCAAAGGACCACCCAUAUGAUCCAGCGCACGACUCUGUCCUUUCGCGUGUGAAGCACCUCUUCUCUUCUGAUUCUGUGGCAUCAGGAAGACGUUGAGGAGCUUGCAACAAAGUUUAUAUUUAUCUAUUUUCUUUCUGUUGUUCUGAGGCUUAUGUUGUUGUUUCUUCUCCGCGUGUUCCCCUUGGGCUUGCAGGUCUAAUAAUACUUCGACUAUCAAACGUGAUGUUUUGUUUCACUUGGCAACAGAACAAAUUUCUUUGUGUGUCAGGUCGUCCUUAUAAAAGCAACUGGACCCACCUCUUAUUCUAAAUAAUGCUGCUUAUUUAAUCUAAAGAAUGUUUGUUUUCUUUCAGUCUAGUAUUCUACUCAUAU